UUCAACAUUUUGGUCGAAAACAUUCGUCCAAUGCGAAAGUCCAACAACGAAAACACUGAAACGUGGAAUGUUAAAGUAAAGAAUUUAGAAAAUAAAUCAACUGAAGAGCUACAGUUUGAUGCAGUGAUGAUUUGUAUCGGGCAUCACUCUGUCCCUCAUGUGCCGAAAAUAAUCGGUUCAGAAACGUUUCCAGGAAAAAUGUUACACAGCCACUCUUACAGAAGACCCGAGGAAUUUCGUGACGAAAAAGUACUGUUGCUGGGAGCUAACUACUCCGGAAUCGAUAUUGCCCUGGAAUUAACGAAAUACGCCUCCCAAGUUUACUUGAGCCACGAAAAAGACAAAUUAAAAUACCAGCUCCCUGAAAAUAUAAUCCAAGUGCCGGGAGUAGCCAAAAUCAACGGAAAUAGUGUUUACCUCAAGGAUAAGGAUUCAACUGUUCUCACAGUGGACAACUUCAUCUACUGUACGGGAUAUCUUUACAGUUUUCCCUUUUUAGACAACGAAUGUGGUAUUGAACUUGAUGACAACUACAUCACGCCUCUCUACAGACACAUGAUAAACAUAGACCAUCCAACAAUGUGUUUUAUCAAUCUGCCCAACGACGUCAUACCUUUUAUAACUUCGCAUAUGCAGGUGCAGCUCUUCGUAUCAGUUCUAAAAGGGACGCUAAAGUUGCCAUCGCGAGAGGUGAUGAUGGAAGAUAUUAAAUUGCAGGAGAAUCAGAGGAAAAAGGAUUAUCACAAUUUGGGCGACGUGCACUGGCUGUAUUUAAAGUGUCUCAUUGAACAAGCAAAGCUUGAGCCUUUACCCGGAUUUUAUGAAAAUGGACUUAAAAAAUGGUUCAAUGCAUUUUAUAAGUAUCCAAGUGAUGUUAAAAAUCUUAAAUUCGUUAUAUCGGAAGACCGGGAGUCAGCGAGAUUAUUGAAUCAAUUUGGAGAAGAAGUUUUGGUACCAGAAACGUCUAAUGCAUCAUCUUGAUGAUAAUACAAUAGUUGUAGUUAUUACAAAAAUCGGCGAAAAAUAUUUAUUUCACGAUUUCCCUAAGAGA